AUGUCAACUGCUUACGGUAAAAUCCCCAAACCAACUACAGCCGUAGACUUGGAUACCAUUUUACCUAUUCACAAAACAUUGCGUGAUGGUUCUGAGGGCCUCAUUCAAAAGGUGGAUUCCAAUAACAAGUCAUUAGUCGAUUUCUUACAUGCCAGAUUCAAUGCAGAGAUCGAGGAUGGUUCCACAUACCCCCAAGAAAAUCUACUCGAUGAGCAACAAUUUAGAGAUUAUUUUCUCGGAUCUGAUGCUUUCGUCAUGUCCAAGGAUGGUGCCAUUGAACCCAAUACAGUAUACAACUGGGAGGACAAGAUUGUAGGCAUGUUCUACAUCAAGCCAAAUUACCCAGGUAGAUGCUCUCACAUCUGUAAUGGUGGUUUCUUUGUAAUGAAUAGCCACCGUGGUAAAGGUGCUGGUGUUGUUAUGGGCGAAGCAUUCAAGGUAUUGGUACCUGCUAUCGGUUAUAAGGCCUCCAUGUUUAAUCUGGUAUUUGAAAACAAUCCUGCUUCAAUUGCAAUUUGGCGCAAACUCGGAUUCCAAGAAGUGGGCAGAGUUCCUAAUGCUGGCAGAUUAAAGAAUAGCCCUGAUAAGCUUGUUGAUGCUCUUAUGUUUUACUAUGAUUUUACUACUACCCAAUAA